AACCUGGUGGGGAAUUCCUCUCCCCCGAACACUUUCCAGCGCCCUGCUGUGGCGGGUCACACAGCCCAGUAGGGCAUGAAUCAGCCUCCCUUCCAGGCUCCGCAUAGGCACGCUCCGCCCCGUCCGGGGUCGGAGGCGGCUCACCCUACUACAUAAAGCAAGCACCCAGCACGUCGGCACCCAGGCCGCCUAGAGGCUGGACUCUGUGCACCCUUUUCCAACGGGACUUUCAAGGAACGCCUCACCCCGAGGGCCAAUUGAACCGGACACCAUGGACCCUACUGGACCUCUCGGGCUGUUACUUCUGCCGUUGCUCCUGAUGGGGACCGUGCUGGGAGAUGGUGUUCAGGAGGCACCAGGAAACAAUGCGGAGAUCUGCCUCCUGCCCCCGGACGAAGGGCCCUGCCGGGCCCGGAUCCCCAGUUACUACUACGACAGGUACACACAGAGCUGCCGCAAGUUCAUGUACGGGGGCUGCGAGGGCAACGACAACAAUUUCGAAACUUGGGAGGCCUGCGAUGAAGCUUGCUGGAGGAUAGAGAAAGUUCCCAAAAUUUGCAGGUUGGAAGUCAGUGAGGGGCAGUGUGGAGAGCCCAGAGAAGAGUAUUUCUUCAAUCUCAGUUCCAUGACAUGUGAAAAAUUCCUAUCUGGCGGGUGUCACAGCAAUGAGAACAGGUUCCCAGAUGAGGCUACCUGUAUGGGCUUCUGUGCACCAAAAAAAAGUCCAUCAUAUUGCUAUAGUCCAAAAGAUGAAGGACUAUGCUCGGCUAACGUGACUCGCUAUUAUUUUAAUCCGAGACACAAAGCUUGUGAGGCCUUCACCUAUACUGGCUGUGGAGGGAAUGAGAAUAACUUUAUUAACAUGAAGGAUUGCAAACAUGUUUGUGUAAAAGCUUUGAAGAAGGAAAAGAAUAAGAAGAUGCCAAAACUUUUCUUUGCUAACAGACGGCUGAAGAUUUGGAAGAGGCAAUUUUAACUUUUUUUUUCUAUAUUUCAUUUUGUGAAUGCUACUGCCUUUACGGUUAUAUCUGAAUAAUAAUAUAACAUGGGUAAAUGAAUCAUUAAUGAUUUACUUGCCAGUUUUUAUUGCUACAGGUUACUUUUUUGUAUAUUUUUAUACAUAACCAGCUGCUAUUCAAAUGUGAAUCUAUUAUUUUUAAUUUACUGUUCACCUAUAUGAGGUUGAAUUCUUACUGUGCGUAAGAUAUAAAAGCAAAUAUGACUCACCCAGUUCUUGGGGUUGUUCUUCCUGAAAUCAGAAGGUGAUAGCAAUUGAAAAGCAGAAGACAGUAUAAUCAUGUUGUCUUAAUACAUAUGAUCAUAAAAAGGACCAGCAAAUACAUUUCAUUUUGCAUUUAAAAGUUGAAUUAUAUUUUAAGUCCAAGGAAACAAACCUGCGGAUUUAUCAACACUUGAGAAAAAUAUUACAAGUGCUGUUAGGUAGACAUGAUUAACUUCUAUUUCUAUUGUGUCAUUUAAAAGAUAAUAAAGUAACUUUUUUGACUGAAAAAAAA